GCCAAAUACACCUUCAUCGACCUUGAGACCACCUUUGCCAAAAGAUUUCCUUCAACGACACUGCUACUAGAGAUAUCGAGGCGAUCAUCCCGAGACGUUAAAUUCGGUCGCAGCUCAAAACCCAUCCGUCUCGAUUCGCCCAUCGCCGAAAAGACUGACUGCGGUAUGUCCGCCUCGGCCUCUGGCUCUGAUGCCAGGGCGAACGGCUCAGCCACCUCACGAGAUCAUAACCAAGGCAACCAAGACCGAAAAUAUACACCUCAGCAGAAAGCCGAAGUCAUUCGAAUACGGAGAUGUAGUCCUACCGCUUUCUACGAGAUCCUCUCCGUCGAGAAGACAGCAAGUGACGGAGAAAUUAAAAAGGCCUACAGAAAAAUAAGUCUUUUGACGCACCCGGAUAAAAAUGGAUAUGAUGGAGCCGACGAGGCUUUCAAGAUGGUAUCGAGAGCCUUCCAGAUAUUGUCCGAUGCAGAGAAGAAAACGAAAUAUGACCAAUUUGGGGGUGACCCAGAUAGUCGCUUUUCAAGCGGUGGUGCUGCGAGCGGUGCCAGUCCCUUCAGCGGGUUUGCGCGUUCCUCAGGCAGAGGGCCUAUGUACGAGGAUGAAAUAUCGCCUGAGGAACUCUUCAAUAGGUUCUUUGGUGGAGGGAUGAAUGGCGGCUUUGGCUUCGCACCUGGCGGUUUUGGAGGACCGCAAUUUGUCUUCAACAUGGGCGGCGGCCCCGGUUUCACAGUGCACCGCAUGGGUGGUGGCACACCGCGACGAAGACCGAGAGAUGCAAAUGCGGGCCCUCCGCCUAGCGGUUUGUCUGCACUGACACAGCUCCUGCCGCUGUUACUGUUGUUCAUAUUACCUUUACUUUCUUCAUUCUUCUCUGGGUCCGGCGACACUGGACCACAAGUUCGAUUUGACUCACCAGUUCCACCACAUACAAUGCGCCGGGUUACGCCACAGUACAAGAUCGACUAUUUUGUUAACCCUGCUCAAGUUGAUGGAUACACGUCGAGGCAGUUUAGCAAUUUGGAUCGGCAAGCUGAGGUGGAUUAUAUAUCAAGUCUCAAAUAUCAGUGCGAGAAUGAGGUUCAUCGGAAGCGACAUGAGAUUAACGAGGCAACUGGAUUUUUCUUUACCGAUGAAAACAGACUGAGGAGGGCUCGGGACAUGCCUAUGCCUGGUUGUCGACGCUUAGAUGAAUUGAAGAUUACGCGGCAGUAUUAAAGGUGGUCGUUGACAUCGGGGGUUUAGAUCGCAUUAUUGUUGGGAGUUGGCGGCGCAACAAUUCAAUCGAGAUGCGAGACUCUCAGUCAGUUUGCAUAGCGUGUACAAUGACCUUUAUCCUGCAUAUACUUGAACAAAAU